AUGGAAAGUGAGCAGUCGCAAAGUGAAAUACAAAGCAGCGAAAAAUUUGAUGUUGUCAAUGAAAAGCAACACCUAAUUAGAAGUCACUGUGUUGCUACUUGGAUGGAAUCGUGCAAGCCGAUUAGAGACGCUGCCUUAAAGUCGUCAAACAAGGCUGCUGCGAGAAUGAUAGCAAGACGUCUAAAAGCAAGAACACCAACAGAAUAUCACUUGAAUGACGAGGUUCUUGUACGUUUUCCAGACAUUCGUCCAGGCCGUCGGCGAAAACAAAAAUAUCACAGGUUGAUAACUUGUCUACAAGGCAAAGUGACUGCCGCUGACCCAGAAAACUACAAGUAUCGUGUUGAAUUUACGACUGCAGAUAAACGAAAUAACAACCGGUGGUUCACUGUAACAGAUAUAACAUCUCCUUCGAUGCAGUUAGAAACACUACGACACAGGAGAACCGGCUGUGAUAGUCAAGACAUUUUGGAAAGCGAACAUGAUAAUCUUGGCAGCAUUACACAAGAUGACAGCCAAGAGUUCUUGCCCGAAACUGCACUAGAAAAUGCUAAAGAAAACCAAGCACGCUAUCAUUUUCAAGUUAGAGCAGAGGCUGUACGUUUCAUUCAAGAAAAUGAAGGCCUUUUUAAGGACGCUGUUCUUUCUGUGCAAGACAGCACCUACAACGCCAAAAACCAAAUAGAAGAUCAAGAUGCAACAGCAAAUGACACAACUGAUUUUAUGAAAUAUGUCGAAAGAAUGUCCACAAUUGGUGAAUGGGGAGAUGCAUUAUGUAUUGAGGCACUAGCAAUGGUUCAUAAGCUACAGUUGUCUUUGUUCGUUUCGCCUGCAUGCUACAGAGUAGAGUUUAAUGCUGACGAUGCUUCGACGAAACGUCAUAUUGCAUUGGCAAACUUAAACAACAGACAUUUUCGAGCUGUUCUUCCAGACAGUGUCUGUGACAGCCACUACAAGCCGCACUUCCCGGUACCAUCUGUUGCACUGAAUUCUGUGAAUGAAGCCAGUGUUUCCAACCUAACAAUCCACGAGUACUGUUCUCUGUUGGGAAGAAAAGGUAAUAAGUUUAAUGACUCCCGAAAUGCUAACUACACGGAUGUAAACGAUAGUGCAUUGUCUCUGUUCGAACUACGGUUGUUGCACAGUCCAGAUUCUCAAGUACCUUUGUCAUUUACAGCUAUAAAAGAAAAUCCUGCUGCUGUUCGUGAAAUAGCUAACGUAUAUCGGAAGGAUACAAAAUUCGACUACAAGAGCAACACUAGUACUGGACGAGAUUGCCAUCAUCAAGCAUGGAAAUAUGAUCAUCGAUACAGAGCAUAUGACUAUCAGGACAGCAGAAGUGACCUAUUUGUUGUUUCGCCAGCAAUAGAAGCACAGGUUAGUGAGUAUAUCAAGGCAUCUAGUGGCGAUAGUCAUGAAACAAUGGCAAAGAUUGGAAAAGAGAUACUAACGAAGGGUGACUUGGAUGCCCUCAGAAAACCUGGUCCUUUGAGCGACACUGUAAUAAAUUACAUCCACAAGGAUUUUCAAGACUAUGUUAAUGACAUGAGACCAAGACGAAUCCUAAGCCUUUCUAGCUUUGUACUCCCUAUAUUUCGAAAGCGCGGAAUAGCUGCUUUCCAAUGGAUAAAAAAGCUAAAUGUUUUUCAUUAUGAGCUUCUUGCCAUUCCAGUUUACUUAACUAAUCAUUGGAUAGAAGUUAUUAUAGAUAUAUUUCAUCAAGCCUUUCUUGUAUUUGACUCUCUUGGAAAGAAGCACCAACAUGUUGUUUUCGACUUGAAACUGUGGAUUACGGAUGUGUACCAUUUAGUCAAUGGAUCGAUUCUAGAUGUAACCGACUUGUCGUCGAUAUACCCAAUACCUCAAAAUGACCCGCAACAAACCGAUCCAUUUAAUCGUGGAAUAUGGACUUGUGUGAACAUGCUUUCAGCAGCUGUGGACAAUCCUCGUGUAGCCAACAACAUCAAUCCCAAUGACAUGAGGACGUGGCUAUUGCAUCGAAUUGUUCUGACAGGGGCCGUUGAAAGGAGAGAACAGAAAGAUGAACUACUUGAAAACGACCAUGAUGAGGAUACACAUUCUAGUGACUGCACUAUAGAGACAGACACAACAAUUCAUCAAAAAUCAGAUACGAAAAGUCAACGUUAUUCACCAGACGAACACCUUACAGCUAAUGACUCUAGAACGGUAUCGUUCAAGCCAGGAAAAGUACCCUUUUCUAUUGAAGGCACAACAGAUCCUGACAGAUCAAGCAGCUAUUCUCCGAAGAAAGUCCAAAAUAGGAAACUGAUAAAGCGUGAUUAUGAUAUUAGAUCGUCUGCAAAACGGAAAAGAGAACAGAAAAUAAGCAAUUCGAGUGAUGAAUCAGAUAUUAGUGAAGCAACUGAAGUUAUCGAAUGUACUGUUGAUGAAAUAGACGGGACAUUGCAAUACCUGGAACAGAACGGGUAUAUUAGAGCAUUGCUGAAAGCGUGUCCUGUCCGGAGCUCCCGAAAAUCUGGAAGAUGGCUCAGUUUGCACGACAUGAGAAAAGGAAUCCAAGAAGCAGAACACUUCCUGGUAGGAGCCAAGUUCUCAAAGGCUAUUCAAAAUAAAGUCAAAAAAUUUCUGAAAACUUGGUAUUUCCAAAACGAAGUGCAGCCGUGCAAGAGCCAUGAAAUCGAUGACUUUAUGCAGUGGAUGGGAGAAACAGGGGACUGGAGAUACGAGAACAAAUCCAUGCACGCUAUUUACCACAUACUGACUUAUCAUCAUCGCCGUAGAUGGGUUACUGACGAAUUUCAUAAAAAAUUGAAAUGAACAAAAAAUAAGUAUUUUAUGCUUAGACGGUUUCAGAUAAGUGGAACGUGCUGUUGUAAAAGUUUUAAAUUAAUUUCAGUUUUAUCUCUAGAUAAGAAAGAAUAGCAAAUAUAUUUACAUCAAUUCAUAUUUCUCUUCAAAAUAAUGCUUUGGAUGUGCGUUUCUGAACUUACAUUUACAUCGAUCUAAAGUCGACCAUAGGCUAACUAU